AGCCAAAACUAUCUACCGUUAUCUAACUAUAUUUGAACUCUUAACGACCUUAUAACUGUGUUCGAUAAUAAGUAAGAUAAGAACCGAACCGUCAGUCAGUCAGUAAUAACAGUCGUGUAUAUAAAGCCAUGUCUUCUCUAAUAACUGUGUCCGAGGCAAACAAUCUAUCUGAAGACCAGUUUGAGUGGAUGUUUGGUAAUGUGAUAGAACUGUGUACGGAAGCUGCGGCUGUAGUGAAGACGAAACGCCCAUUUACGAGUGUAGACGAAUUGUGCGCGGCGUUUGCAUCGUAUUUGGAUGAGAUUACUGAAAACGAAAAGUUAAUGGUUUUGAAACUGCACCCCGACCUGGCCGGCCGGCUGGCGGCGCGCGGCGAGCUGACGCGCGAGUCCACCGCGGAGCAGCGCGCUGCGGGCCUCGACCGCCUCUCGGCCGAGCAAGCGUCUCUCAUAGGCUACAGAAACGAGAAAUACAAAGCCAAGUUUGGAUUCCCUUUCAUCAUAUGUGCGAGAGAAAAUAAGAUUGAUUCCAUAAUAGAGGGCUUACAGCAGCGCUACAGCAACACACGCGCCCAGGAGAUACAAACAGGGAUCAAUGAAGUCAAGAAAAUCUGCAAGUUGAGGAUUCUCGAUAUCGUCAAACAAGAAUGAUUAACAGUGAAUCAUUUUUCUUUUCAUUCGUUGCCAUUUUAAACUAAUUUUAUGGCAUUUAAAUUAUCCAAAC